AUGUACGUAAGCGAAUCUAAAGACUGGUUUGCACAGCUGCAGAUUGCAGCCAAUAUAAAAAUCCCUCGCUGGUACAUGGUCAGGUCAGACGUGUCCGACGUCCAGCUGCACGUAAUCGCCGACGGUGGCGAACAAGCCUACGCCUGCGUCGCCUAUUGGCGUUUCACUUACAGUGAUGACUCUGUAUCGACAGCCCUCAUCGGUAGUAAGGCACGAGUCUGUCCCCUGAAACCGGUUUCCAUCCCAAGAUUAGAAUUACAAGCCGCGCUUAUCGCGUCGCGUUUUGCGCAGACAAUUCUGCAAGCUCACCGCUUUGAGCCCUCCGCAACCAUUUUCUGGACUGACUCAACCACCGUCCUAAAGUGGAUCCGGAGUGACGCUCGCGCGUUUAAACCUUUCGUGGGACACAGGUUGGGAGAGAUAUUGGAAACCACCAAUCCAUCCGAUUGGAGGUGGAUCCCUACCUCUCUCAACGUCGCUGACGAUGCGACAAAACCAAAACGAACCGACUUUACCGCAACUCAUCGGUGGUUCACCGGUCCACAGUUCUUUGUUGAACAGUCUUGCACUUGGCCGACCGAGCGCGUCACCGACGAGGGAGAGAUCUCAUCAGACCCUGAGUUAAAAUCGAAUCUGAUGGUUCUGCUCCUCGAUACCCCACUCUCGAAUUCGUUACCUGAUCCAACGCGUUUUAGCUCCUGGAUACGUUUACUACGUGCCACCGCCCGUUUUCUCCAGGGCGCACGCCUAUUCCGGCUUAAACUGUCUCGGCCAAUAGAUCCAAAUUCCAAACUCUACAUUGACAACACCACGUCUCCCCACCAGCUUCACGCGUCAGACAUGAUAGAAGCGGAGAAGAUGUUGGUCCGUCAAGCACAAACAGAGAGUUUCCCUGAGGAAUUAUCGAACUUACGAUCUUCGAAGCCAGUGCCCAAGAAUAGUCGUAUUAAGAAAUUGGCGCCUACACUUGAUGGAGAAGGCCUAAUGCGACAAAACACGCGCAUAAGUUCCGCACCAGGAGUGAACGACGAGAUGAAAUCACCCAUGAUUCUCGACGGCCGCCACUACAUCUCACGACUCUUGAUCCUACACGAACAUAUCAAAGCUGCGCAUCAGUUUAAUGAGCUCGUCCUAAAUGAACUUCGGCAAAGAUAUUCGAUCUUGAGAGCCAGAGGAACCAUCCGUAGCGUAGCAAGCGCCUGCUUGAAGUGUAAGAGAUGGAACACGAAACCUAUCCAACCUCAGACUGGCAACUUACCACCAGAACGUCUUGAUCACCACAAAAGACCAUUCACCCACGUAGGCCUUGAUUACUUUGGCCCGAUCCUAGUAACGCUAUAUCGACGGAGCGAGAAACGAUACAUCGCCUUAUAUACGUGCCUCACAACCAGAGCGCUUCACCUCGAAAUCGUGAACUCACUCACUGCAGAUAGUGCUAUAAUGAGCCUCAGACGCUUCAUUGCUCGCCGAGGAUCGCCGACCACCAUAUUUUCCGAUAACGGGACUAACUUUGUUGGCUCUUCCCGCGAACUGCGCUCCCUACAUGACAACUCGGUCGUAGAGUACGCCACUAAUCACAAAAUCGACUGGCGCUUCAUCCCACCAGCAUCCCCGUUCAUGGGCGGCGCCUGGGAGCGGCUUGUGCGGACAGUGAAAGCAGCCCUCAGAUCUUGCCUAGCAAAUCAACCACUGAAGGAAGAAGUCUUGUCAACACUCCUACUCGAGGCUGAAUCGAUAGUGAAUUCCAGGCCACUCACAUACGUCCCGUCUUCCCUAGAUGCACCAGAGGCGCUAACACCAUUCCAUUUUAUCCUCGGCUCCUCAUCAGUCGUUCCAUGGACCACGUCGCUGACAGACGCAGACCUAUCCCGACGAUGUGACUGGCGGAGAACCCUCCGCCUAGCAGAUCAGUUCUGGGCACGAUGGCUACGCGAGUACUUACCGACGCUUCGAACGAGGGGACCCAACAACAACGCGUUAAAUCUUAGCGAGGGUGAUGUGGUGUUGAUCGCCGAUCCUACCCUUCCUCGUGGUUUGUGGCCACUAGGAAGGGUAGCAAAGGUCUACCUAGGACCCGACGGAGCGGUCCGCGUGGCAGACGUCCACACCAGAGGGGGCAUGCUGCGCAGACCGGCCCGGAAACUUAUCCUGAUGGAGGCCGCGCCUCAGCCAGUAGCCACCAGUGGUUAG